AUGGAGCAACAGGUGCGUGAGGUCACCUCGUCCGAUGCGGAUGUUUCAUCUUUCAACUUGCAGGCAUUGGCUGAGCAAGAGCCAGUUGUUAAACUCGCCCCGCUUCGCAGUGCACAAGAUUGUGGGCCACACUCGGUGCACUCUGUGGAGACUGGUGUCGGUGCUGGGAGUUCCGACGCGAGAACUCCGAUCACUCCUCCUGCCAGAGCAUCUGACAGCGGUCAGCAGGGAGUUACGCCUCUUCACGUCGCUGCUGAGAUGGGGAGCACUAAAGUUGUGGAGGCAUUGCUGAAUUCUGGUGCGACUGUUGAUGCAGCUACGUCCGAUGGCUUUACACCCCUGCACAGUGCUGCGAACAUGGGUCGUGCUGAUGCAGUUGCAUCGCUGAAAGACUGUCGUGAGGACAACUCCCGGGGACUAUCUGGACCUAAGUCUAUGGAGCAACAGGUGCGUGAGGUCACCUCGUCCGAUGCGGAUGUUUCAUCUUUCAACUUGCAGGCAUUGGCUGAGCAAGAGCCAGUUGUUGAACUCGCCCCACUUCGCAGUGCACAAGAUUGCGGGCCACACUCGGUGCACUCUGUGGAGACUGGUGUCGGUGCUGGGAGUUCCGACGCAAGAACUCCGAUCACUCCUCUUGCCAGAGCAUCUGACAGCGGUCAGCAGGGAGUUACGCCUCUUCACGUCGCGGCCGAGAUGGGGAGCACUAAAGUUGUGGAGGCAUUGCUGAAGUCUGGUGCGACUGUUGAUGCAGCUACGUCCGAUGGCUUUACACCCCUGCACAGUGCUGCGAACAUGGGUCGUGCUGAGGCAGUUGCAUCACUGAUCGCAGCGCGUGCAGAUCCAUCAUGCACUGCAGGUGAUGGCUCCAGUGCUUUGCACGGCGCGGCAAGACAUGGUCACACAGAAACGGUGGCAUUGCUGCUGGAGAAGGGAAGUGUCCUAGAUGUGCGAGACAGCAGUGGUGGAUUCACGCCACUACACGAUGCAGCAUAUGCUGGGCAUCUUUCCAUGGUGCUGCUGCUCCUGCAGAGUCGAGCCGACCCGACCCGUGCAGCUUCCGGCACGACGACACCUCUGGACCUGGCAGCUCACAGCGGACACCUCGAGGUAGCUGCAGCCUUGCUGGCCGCUCGCGCUUGGCCAACGCCUGAGCCAGCAGGGAAGAUGCUGUCGCCCCUGCGCCUGGCGGCACGUAGGAACCAUCCCCAAAUCCUGCAGCUCCUCCUCGCCCGCUUGAGGGAGGCUGCAGCCGGGGCCUGA